GCGACGAACGCCGAAAGCCGAACGUCGAACGGUUCUUCACCGUCGAACGACGACACCGUUGCUUCUGUUUCGUUGUUUUAUUCCUUCCGUUUCAUUUCGACGUUCCUUUUCGGCGAGGACUCCGCGGAUCCCUGUUGUCCGACGACCCCGAUUCAUCCGGCGAACGAACAUUACGAACACACAGAGAGCGUACUCACCCCGUUUCAAUAUUCGAUCGGUACGUCGACGAGGAAAGGAGUCGUCGGCCGGUGCCACGAGGUUCGCGUUUCGUGAGCCAGCCUCGAGAUACAGGGGGCUCGUCCUCCAUCGUCACCUGAUAUUCGACUUCUUGGUACCUGGGCAACGACGACCCGGUUCUCGGUGAUUCGAACGCGUGCACGAACCGUUCGUGUAUUUCCGUGAAGACCGCCGCCGCCGCCACGCUCGUCGACGAAACGGGCGUCGAUGUCGUUUAGGUGGGAAGCUAUCGAAAUCUCCGUUUAAGCGAAGACACGUGGAAUAACGAUCGAUUCGAGGGUUGAAACCGCGAGGCUUCACUCUUUUCUCCCAUCGUCCGACGACUACGUUUCUACUCCGCCGCGUGACCAUACGUUAUCUAUGAAAACAGACGACUUUGGUAAAUUAUCCUUGGAAAGAGAACCGUGUAACGAAGCGGCAAAUAAGAAACCGACGGUGGUUAAAGCCAUCGGUCGUAUUAGUAUUAGCAUUGUAUUUUGAGAGCGACGAAAGAACCCACGCUAGAGUGAAGAAGAGAGAGAGGGAGGGACACGCAGGCGGACUAUCGAAAAGAUAAGAGUCCGAUAAGCGAGCGUGGUCGAGUUACGCACACGUUGGUACGUAUUUUGCCGGCGACCAGCUCGGCUUGGCUCUACUCUCGGUCUGCUGGUCCGGCGUAUCCGUUACCGAUAUCUUUUUAUACGGCCGAAAAUUUUACAUGGAUUUCUCGAUGGUGAAGGAUCAUUAGCGGGCAAAUGGCCGUUGUCGGUAUGCAAGGAAACGGUUCAAGCGGAACGACUGGAACCGAGCUGACGCAGGAGGAGGUACAACUGACAGAAUUGUUGCCGGUGAAACAGUCGAGAAUCAGGGAGAACGGAAUCUUUAAGCACGACACGGGUGUCGACAACGACGACGACGACGACGACGACGACGAUACCAGCGCGAUAACGAACGCGGAUAGAGAUGCGAACGCGACGACGGACGCGUUGAAAGUGCUUCGAAGCUUCGAAAACGGUGGUCGCGACGGGCACGAGCAACAGCAACAACAACAACAACAACAACAACAACUUCGACUACGGAACGUUUCGUCCUGCGAGACGUUAGACCGUCCAGGAAAACGGGAAAAUGGAAAACGGUCACGAGUACGGAAACAACAGCAGUGGAGCGCGAAAGACGAUGGGAUCGCGAUUCGUAAGAAGCGAAAUAACGUUGUUGUUGGUCGUAAGAGCGGGCUGAUACUUGCGAAUUCGUCGAAAAAGAACACGGUCGACGAUCUCGGGAACAAAGAGGAGGAGAGCAAAGGAAGCAUCGGCGAGUCUUCGAGCGGUCAAACGGUCGACGGACAGGACGAUGGUAACGAGACGACAUCGUUCGUUUGCUCGAUGUACGGGCAAGAAGACUCGUACCAGACGUUCGACGAGGGCAAACACUUCAGCGAGAAAAUCUACGCAUUUCGCCGGGAUCCGUUGGACUUGAACGGGAAGAUCGUCGAUCGGAUUUACGAGACCGAUUACUCGGCGAGCACCGAUGGCGGUUUGUUCGAUCACGGUUUCGAUCGUGGCUUCGAGAACGGUUGCCAUCCGGACGGUAGAGAAUCGGGUUUCAACAUCGAGUCGAUCAUCACGGCAAAUUAUUUCCUCGAGAGCGAGAACAACAAUGUGUUACGAUCGAAUCGGGAGAAAUCGGGAAAAAUCUGCGGCAAUUCGUUGAUACUGGACGAUAAGAUCGGGAUCGCCGCCGAAUCCUCACCGAGCAAGAACAAAUACGAGAACGAUGACGGAGAAGAGGACGGAGAAGAGGACGGAAAGACAACGUUGGACGUAGACGGUGACGACGCGCAAUCGUUGGCGAACGGUAACGGAAACGGAAACGAAGAGAAGAAAUAUUGUUGCGUGGUGUGCGAGGCGCGAUUCAAAGGGAGCGGUGGUUUGCGGAAUCAUUACAAGAUAGUGCACGGAGCCGGGCCGAUCUUCAAAUGCGACGAAUGCGGCAAAGAGUUCCCGCUGAAGGAACGACUGAAGCUUCACGUGAGAACGCACACCGGGUUUAAGCCGUACAAGUGCCCGGACUGUGACAAGAGUUUCGCGAGGGGCGGUCAAUUGGUGCAACACCGGCGAACCCACAGCCAGGUAAAACCGUAUCGUUGCGGCCUGUGCUCCGGCACGUUCACCUGCGCCGCAAAUUUGGCCCUCCACGUGAAACGUCACAACGGCCAGAAGGAUCACAAGUGCGAGAUCUGCGGUCGCGCGUUCGUCCGACGAGACGCCCUCAAGAAGCAUCUGGAAUGCCUUCAUCGGGACGUAAAGUCGUUUCUCUGCGUGAUCUGCAACAAAACGUUCAAGGGUCACCUGCCCCAGCACAUGAGGACGCACGCACGCGAUCGUCCUCACGGAUGCGCGACAUGUGGCCAGAGAUUCGCGCAAAAAUCACAGCUGACCGUCCAUCAGCGAACGCAUUCCGGCCAAAGGCCGUUCAGGUGUCUGGUCUGCUGGCAGGCGUUCGCGCAUUCGACCGCGCUCAAGCUGCACACGCGACGUCACACCGGCGAACGGCCGUUCAAAUGCGCAGAGUGUAACGCCGGUUUCACUCAGCUGCCCCACUGGAAGAAACACAUGAAAUGCAUCCACGGCCGGACCGAGCCGUACGCUUGCAAACGGUGCAAGAGCUUUUUCCGGAUCAAGAACGAUCUCGAGUGCCACGAGAAAACUUGCCAUCCCGAGCACGACACGAGCAGUCCUCCCGACUGUGUCGUGGCCGCCGCCGCCGCCGCCGCCGCCGCCGCCGCCGCCGCCGUCACCGUUGCCGUCGCCGUAGCCGGCGGAAACACGGACACGUUCUUCAACGAGAUCGCCGAGAAACCGUCACCCCCGUUACCCGCCAAAUACAAAACGAUGACCGUCGAGAGGAUGCGCUUGUUGCUCGCGGUUCUCCUAAAGAGAAUCAGCAAACAGGAGAGAUUGGACGAGCUCGGCUUUGGGAAACGUUUGAUCGACGAGGUGCUUCGGGACUCGUUGUUGUCCGCCGGCAAGGAUCCGGUACCACGGGACGGUCACACCGAAUUCGAGACUCUUACCAAGAACCUCGAGAUAUUCCUGAAAUGGACGGUACCCAAGGAACAUUGGGAGAAUUUUCGCAAGUUGAACAAGACUCCGGAAGACAUUUUGGAAACGCUUACUGCCACCUAAACAGAAAACGAUACAACCGGAUUUUUCUUUUACCUUCCUUGCAUUUUUCUCUCAUUUUCAUUCCGACCGUUCGCCAAAUUCUCAAGGCUGUACUCACUUUACGUUCCUUUUACGUUAACCUCCUUGCUAUCUCUGCUAGUCCAAAGUGGCAAACGUGGUGUCUAUUUUUCUUUGCUUUGUUCCAACCAUCGAUCCCCCGUCGCGUUGGUGCUAAGCGCCAACGUUCCUAAACGUUUUCGCUUGUUGUUUCUUUCCUCUUUUCUUCACGGUGCCAUGUAUAAUUGUACUAUUCGCCGCGUUACAAUUUCGCGAUACAUGAAUCAAAACGAACAACGCUCUUUACUAGUAGAAUAUGUAACCGCCGAACGACACGAUCUGCUAUCGAUCGUUCCGGCAGAUUUAAAAAAAAGGGGAAUAGUUUAUAAAACAUUUCUUGCCAUACUUGUUACCGCAUAGAUAGAUGAGAGAGUGCACUCGCUUGCGAUGGCGUUGAAACCAUUGCCGUAAUUGCACGUUUCUUUUGUUUUAGAUUAAAUUCGCUUAGGGUUUUUCACCGGCGAUCCUAUAUCAAAAAUCGAAGAGGCUGAACGCGAUCGUCCUAUAUUCUAUGACGUUCCCCGCGAUAUAUACAUACAUAUAUAUUAUAUAUAUAUUCUUUUAGCUGAACGUCAUCGUCCUCUAUUUAUACCCGCAGGCAGCGGCAGGACGUUAUACACAACGUGGUGGGUGUGUGUGUGUGUGUGCGCGCGCGCGUAAAAUAGAGCCGCGAUCUCGAGCUGCCUGAAAAUUUUAACGCGUAACGUUAUCGCUAAUAUAUAAUCUGUCGGUUUUUCACCGUGCAACGCGAAAAUAUUUACCUUCGUUACCAGCUUCCAGCCGACAACGAAUGAUAUUAAAUUACAAUGUGCUUUCAUAAAAUCA